AAGCGCGCACCGCCGAAUCGCCCCCCUCGGGCUCGGAGCUGCUGACUGGAUGAGGCCAGAUCCCUUAUGACCCACUCGGGUUCGAGUUGGAACGGACGCUGGUGUCCCCGGGCCCUUGGUCCGAGCUGGCACCUUCGUGCAUCAGGGUGGCCUUUCUUUGGUUUUUGGUUUUCGGCUGAUUCCGGGACACGUGUGAGCAACCGGGCACGGUUUGGGGAGGAAGGCCCUGGGAAAGCGCGAGGCCUCUGCCGCCCAGCCGUGGAGGGGACCGCUGAGAUCUCUGAGCCUGGCCUUGUUCCCGGGAAUGUGACCCCCCGCCUCUUGUCACCUUACAGAAUUGCUAUUUAGGGACCGCUACAGCCCGGGUCUUCCCAGUAGACGCUUCAGUACACGUGGGAUUGGAGACGUCAGGGGUCUGCAGCCAUGGCGGUGACCCUUUUGGAGGACUGGUGCCGGGGCAUGGAUGUGGACUUCCGGAGGUCCCUGUUGGUCAUCCCGGAGGACUGUGGGCAGGCGGAAAUUGAGGAGACCUUGAAUGGGGUCCUCUCCCCACUGGGCCCAUACUUCGUGCUCAAUAAGAUUUUUUUGAGAGAAGAGAAUGCCAAAGCUGCCCUCAUCGAGGUCGGCGAGGGCGUGAACCUGAGGGCUAUACCCCGGGCAUUCCCAGGAAGGGGGGGGGGCGUCUGGAGAGUGGUGUGUAGGGACCCCACCCAGGAUGCUGAGUUUUAAAAAAACCUGAAUGAAUUCCUGGAUGCGGAGGGGCAGACCUGGGAGGAUGUGGUCCACCUGCUGCAGCUCAACCAGCCCCGACCACCCCGCAACCAGAAUCAGCCCCCGGAGAACUGGGCAGAAGCCUUGGGGGUGCUUCUAGGGGCAGUGGUGCAAGCUAUCUUCUACACGGAUGCCGAGCUGCGGAGCAGGGAGGAAGCUAGGGCUCAGGAGCUUGCUGAGGCCCCGGUGGUGGCAUCCUUGGCUUCUGCAGCAGGGAGGAAGGUCAAGAAGGAGCCAGGGUGGGCUGCAGAGGUGGGCUCUGCCUCGAAAGUGGAGAAGGUGGACGACUGGAAUGAUGUGGAAGCUGAGGGUGACCCUCCUAAACCUUGGGUUAGAAAAGCUGGAGCUAAAAUUCGCUCCAGGAGAACUAAGCAGAAAAAAACUCCCAAGCGGGAAUCACUGCCCUGGAAGAAGUCUAAAGGCAGCCAUUCUCGUGGCUCGGCCUCUUUGGAGGCUCCUGAGGCUGGUGAUGCUGAAAAUACAGAGGGUUCAGAAUAUGUCGGGGGCAGCAAAAAGCCCUGUGUGAAGCAGGAAUCAGCUCUGAAGAAGCCAGUAGUGAAAUGUGCCUGGAAGUUUCCCAGUAGCACACCGGACGAUGCUGGGGCAGGAGCUGGGAGCCCUGGAGUUGCCUCUGAGUCAGACCAAGAUGGUGGUCCAGAGGGCCCACCAAAGCAGAAGGCCAUGGGCUGGGCCCCGGCCAAGAGCCCUGCCCCCAAGCAGAAGAAAAAGAAGGUGAGCUUGGGCCCUGUCUCCUAUGUCCUUGUUGAUUCGGAGGACACCAAGAAGAAACCAGUGAUUCCGAAGAAAGGGCCAGGCUCGGGAAGGAACAUAAUGGUCCAGAAGGCCCCUCAGGGCCCACAGCCUGCUGAGUCGCCAGCCUCAAACUCACAGGGUCCAAAGGCCAAGCCACAGCCUCCGAUGAACCCCGAAAGCUUUGAUUUGGGGGACCACCCGUACCUGAGGAGUUGAAAGAAGACCAAGGAAGAAGUUCCAAGUCGGGAACAACGUUUCUCUGGACAUUGACUCUUGACUCGUUUAGGGACCCAGUUUGUAGAAAUUCGGCUCUCAGAGGUAAAUGGCGUGUGAGAUCUUAGGUGGGAAGAAUUCUGGGGGCUGGAGGGGGAGGCAGGCGUACCCCUGUGGUUUAUUCCUCUGCCAGGCCUGCUUUUUUACCUUCUCAUAGACUCACCUGCAGAGAUUGGAGCAUCGCUAAGCAGAUGGGGCACAUUCUAGAACACUCUCCCUUACACAUGGGCAGGGUCACUGUUACCUGGAUCUGUGUUCGGCUUUUCUCCCCCACUCCCCGAUUCCUCUUCUGGAUGGUCAGCCGAGCUCUGCAGGGCCCUGCGUCUUAAAGAGCGGGGGAUCAUUCGCUCCUCCCGCCGCCUCUGUGCUUUGACUGCUGGGUCAGUUGAGUCAAGGUCUUCGCUGCAGACCUGACUUCCUUGUCCUCCUACUGGUCUUUAGUGGCCAUCUGCCAGUCGUCUAACCAGAGGGCGGUAAGGUCCCAGGAGUUAGUUUUGGGGAAAAACAUGUCCACUUGGGUCUUGAAAGUGUCCAGUUUUAGGUUCUGUUUGUAAAAAUGGCACUUGGAUUCCCUUUUGGGGUAAAACCCGUGCAGGAAGCCUGCGGGCAAGAAGAGUGAUGGGUAGGAAGGACUCUGGGAUGACCAGCUCUCCGGCUCUAAUUCCAUCUGGUGCUCCCAAACUCUCAAUGUCUUUGAGGUUGGAGACUUUAUCUCAUGGUAUAGGGAGACAGGGGAAUACAGUCUUUAAAGAUGAUGUUAGGAGUUCCCGUUGUGGCUGAGCAGAAACAGAUCUGACUAGUAUCUAUGAGAACGCGGGUUUGAUCCCUGGCCUCACUCAGUGGGUUAAGGAUCCAGUGUUACCAUGAGCUGCGGUGUAGGUCAUAGGCAUGGCUCGGAUCUGGCGUGGCUGUGGCUGUGGCAUAGGAUGGCAGCUGCAGCUCCGAUUCAAUCCCUAGCCUGGGAGCCUCCAUAUGCUGCUGGUUCUGCCCUAAAAAGACAAAAAAAAAAAAAAGAGAGAGAGAGAUCGGACGUUCAUUUCUGCCCUCUGAAUAAACCAGAAAACCGUGUUUCCUCUGUACGUGGGAGGAGGGCAAGGGGCAAGUUUCCUGAGCUCAGUGGCUUCCAAACUGUGUCCUGGAGAGGCCCCAAGUGUGCUUAAAGAAGUAAUCUGAAUCUAUUUCUUCCUGCAUUUAAACAAACAAACAAACAAACUGGAGUUCCCUGAUGGGUGAGCGGGUUGAGGAUCUGGCAUUGUCACUGCUGUGGCUUGGCUUUGAUCCUUGGCCCAGGGACUUCUGCAUGCCACAGGUGUGGCCAAAACCAAAAAACAAACAAAAGAAUUGAAAAAUUGCUGCUUGAAUACGUCAUAAGCCCAUCAGUCACGUCAGAUUGUGAAAACAUUCCCUUGCUUUCAGCAGUUGCUUGCUCUGGGGUAGGUACCCAGUUCCCCGAUCCUGCUGUCCAUUUGCCUGUCAUUGAAAUUCCUGCAGAGUGACUGAGAGGAAAGUCUCCAAGUGGGAGAAGGUGGUCCUGCGCAUGCCCGUAGAUCACUGCAGGAUGUCUCCCUUCGGGACUCACAGGCUCUUGUCCUUCCCGUGAUACUCAGCUGUGGGAUCGUAGGAACGAGGCACUCGGUCGUCACAUUCUCUCCGAGUUUUAGCUCUUUUUGUUCUCGGGGUCUCUCCUCUGACUUGAGUUUUUGUGAUAAAAAAUGUGAACGGUUGUUAGCGAUUCAACUUGGAACACAGAUUUCUUGUGACAAUCAUUUCAAAACCCUGGAUGAGUCUGAGGAUGUAGAAAAAAGGAAAUGGUUUCCCUUUGCAGCCCUUCCUCUCUGUGUGGCACAGUUUUUCUGGGGUCUGAGCAAAACAGAACACAGGGGCGAAUGGGCCUUUCAAGGUGAUGAAAGCCUGUGGUUCUCCAGCUGCUAAGUUGGGAAUCCACUAGGGUUUCAUUGUGUUAACAACUUGACACUGUGGUGAGCAAAUGUGAAUCUAUAUGUUAUAAAAUAAAGUUGCUCAAACUCAGUAUCUAUUGAGUCUCUUAUGGAUGCCCGUGGUGUGAACUGUUUAUUUAUUUGUUUAUUUUGUCUUUUUAGGGCCACACCCACGGCAUAUGGAGGUUCCUGGGCCAGGGGUUGAA